AUGGCGACAGGGAGCAGCAGGAGGGAGUCGCGACUCCCCUUCCUAUUCACCCUGGUGGCGCUGCUGCCGCCCGGGGCUCUGGGCGAAGUCUGGACGCAGAGAUUGCACGGCAGCCGCGCGCCCCUGCCCCAGGACCGGGGCUUCCGCGUGGUGCAGGGCGACCCGCGCGAGCUGCGGCUGUGGGCGCGCGGGGAUGCCAGGGGGACGGACCGGCCGGACCAGAAGCCGCUCCGGAGGAGACGGAGCGCUGACCUGCAGCCGGAGCCCAUCAAGGUGUACGGACAGGUGAGCCUCAAUGAUUCCCACAACCAGAUGGUGGUGCACUGGGCCGGAGAGAAGAGUAACGUAAUCGUGGCCUUAGCCCGGGACAGCUUGGCGCUGGCGAAGCCCAAGAGCAGUGAUGUGUAUGUGUCUUAUGACUAUGGAAAGUCUUUCAAGAAAAUUUCUGAGAAGCUGAACUUUGGUGUGGGGAAUAGCAGUGAAUCAGUGAUCGCCCAGUUCUACCACAGCCCUGCGGACAACAAGCGCUACAUCUUUGCAGACACGUAUGCUCAGUACCUUUGGAUCACGUUUGACUUCUGCAACACUCUCCAAGGCUUUUCCAUCCCGUUUCGGGCAGCCGAUCUCCUCCUGCAUAGCAAGGCCUCAAACCUUCUGCUGGGCUUUGACAGAUCUCACCCCAAUAAGCAGCUAUGGAAGUCAGACGAUUUUGGCCAGACCUGGAUCCUGAUUCAGGAACAUGUGAAGUCAUUUUCUUGGGGAAUCGAUCCCUAUGACAAACCAAACACCAUCUACAUUGAGCGUCAUGAGCCUUCUGGCUACUCCACUGUUGUCCGCAGCACAGAUUUCUUCCAGUCCCGGGAAAACCAGGAAGUGAUUCUCGAGGAAGUGAAGGACUUCCAGCUUCGGGACAAAUACAUGUUUGCUACGAAAGUUGUGCACCUCUUGGGCAGCCAGCAGCAGUCUUCUGUCCAGCUCUGGGUCUCCUUUGGCCGGAAGCCCAUGCGAGCAGCCCAGUUUGUCACAAGGCAUCCUAUUGAUGAAUAUUACAUCGCAGAUGCCUCGGAGGACCAGGUGUUUGUGUGUGUCAGUCAUAGCAACAACCGUACCAACCUGUAUAUCUCAGAGGCAGAGGGCCUGAAAUUCUCCCUGUCACUGGAAAAUGUGCUAUAUUACAGCCCGGGAGGAGCGGGUAGUGACACCUUGGUGAGGUUUUUUGCAAAUGAGCCAUUUGCUGACUUCCACCGAGUAGAAGGAUUACAGGGUGUGUACAUUGCUACUCUGAUUAAUGGCUCCAUGAAUGAGGAGAACAUGAGAUCGGUCAUCACCUUCGACAAGGGAGGAACCUGGGAAUUUCUUCAGGCUCCAGCCUUCACGGGCUAUGGAGAGAAAAUCAACUGUGAGCUUUCCCAGGGCUGUUCCCUCCACCUGGCCCAGCGACUGAGUCAGCUGCUCAACUUCCAACUGCGGAGAAUGCCCAUCCUGUCCAAGGAGUCGGCUCCUGGUCUCAUCAUUGCCACUGGUUCUGUGGGAAAGAAUUUGGCCAGCAAGACGAAUGUGUACAUCUCUAGCAGUGCUGGAGCCAGGUGGCGAGAGGCACUUCCUGGACCUCACUACUACACAUGGGGAGAUCACGGUGGCAUCAUCAUGGCUAUUGCCCAGGGGAUGGAGACCAAUGAACUAAAGUACAGUACCAAUGAGGGGGAGACCUGGAAGACGUUCCUCUUCUCUGAGAAGCCGGUGUUUGUGUAUGGCCUCCUCACAGAGCCCGGCGAGAAGAGCACUGUCUUCACCAUCUUUGGGUCGAACAAAGAGAAUGUCCACAGCUGGCUGAUCCUCCAGGUCAAUGCUACCAACGUGUUGGGGGUUCCUUGCACAGAGAAUGACUACAAGCUGUGGUCCCCAUCUGAUGAGCGGGGGAAUGAAUGCUUACUAGGACACAAGACAGUUUUCAAGCGGAGAACACCCCACGCUACAUGCUUUAAUGGAGAAGACUUUGACAGGCCAGUGGUUGUGUCCAACUGUUCCUGUACCCGGCAGGACUAUGAAUGUGACUUUGGCUUCAAGAUGAGUGAAGAUUUGUCCUUAGAAGUUUGUGUUCCAGACCCGGAGUUUUCCGGGAAGUCAUUCUCCCUUCCUGUGCCUUGUCCUGUGGGUUCUACUUAUAGGAGAACAAGAGGUUACCGGAAGAUUUCUGGAGAUACUUGCAGUGGUGGAGACGUGGAGGCAAGGCUGGAAGGAGAGCUGGUCCCCUGUCCACUAGCAGAGGAGAAUGAGUUCAUCCUGUACGCCAUGCGGAAAUCCAUCCACCGCUAUGACUUGGCCUCGGGGGCCACGGAGCAGCUGCCUCUCACUGGCCUGCGGGCAGCAGUGGCCCUGGACUUUGACUAUGAGCGCAACUGCUUGUAUUGGUCUGACCUGGCCCUGGACAUCAUCCAGCGCCUGUGUUUGAAUGGAAGUACAGGGCAGGAGGUGAUCAUCAAUUCCGGGUUGGAGACCGUUGAAGCUCUGGCGUUUGAACCCCUGAGCCAGUUGCUUUACUGGGUGGAUGCUGGCUUUAAGAAGAUUGAGGUAGCUAAUCCAGAUGGCGACUUUCGACUGGCAGUCGUCAAUUCCUCUGUGCUUGACCGGCCUAGGGCUCUGGUCCUUGUGCCACAAGAGGGGGUGAUGUUCUGGACUGACUGGGGCGACCUGAGGCCUGGCAUUUACCGCAGCAACAUGGAUGGCUCUGCUGUGCUUCGCCUCGUGUCGGAGGAUGUCAAGUGGCCCAACGGCAUCUCUGUGGACGAUCAGUGGAUCUACUGGACCGAUGCCUACCUGGACUGCAUUGAGCGGAUCGGCUUCAGCGGCCAGCAGCGCUCGGUCAUCCUGGACAACCUCCCACACCCCUACGCCAUUGCGGUCUUUAAGAAUGAGAUCUAUUGGGAUGACUGGUCACAGCUCAGCAUAUUCCGAGCUUCCAAAUACAGCGGAUCCCAGAUGGAGAUCCUGGCCAGCCAGCUCACUGGGCUGAUGGACAUGAAGGUCUUCUACCGAGGGAAGAGCACUGGAAGCAAUGCCUGUGUGUCCAAACCUUGCAGCUUGCUCUGCUUGCCCAAGGCCAAUCACAGUAGAAGCUGCAGAUGCCCAGAUGGUGUGCCGAGCAAGGUCCUGCCCUCUGGGGACCUGAUGUGUGAGUGCCCUCAGGGGUAUCAUUUGGAAAACAACACCUGUGUCAAAGAAGGGAGCACCUGUCUGCGCAACCAGUACCGCUGCAGCAACGGGAACUGCAUCAACAGCAUCUGGUGGUGCGACUUCGACAACGAUUGUGGAGACAUGAGCGACGAGCGGAACUGCCCAACCACUGUUUGUGACCUGGACACCCAGUUCCGUUGCCAGGAGUCUGGGACCUGCAUUCCACUGUCCUAUAAAUGUGACCUGGAGGAUGACUGUGGAGACAACAGUGAUGAGAGUCACUGCGAAAUGCACCAGUGUCGGAGUGAUGAAUAUAACUGCAGCUCUGGCAUGUGCAUCCGUGCCUCCUGGGUGUGCGACGGGGACAAUGACUGCAGGGACUGGUCUGAUGAAGCCAACUGCUCCGCCAUCUAUCACACCUGUGAGGCCUCCAAUUUCCAGUGUCGCAAUGGGCACUGCAUCCCCCAGCGCUGGGCCUGCGACGGGGACACGGACUGCCAAGAUGGUUCAGAUGAGGAUCCAGUCAACUGUGAGAAGAAGUGCAAUGGCUUCCGCUGCCCCAAUGGCGUCUGCAUCCCAUCCAGCAAGCAUUGUGACGGUCUGCAUGACUGUGCGGACGGCUCGGAUGAGCAGCACUGCGAGCCCCUGUGCACACGCUUCAUGGACUUCCUGUGUAAGAACCGUCAGCAGUGCCUGUUCCACUCCAUGGUGUGUGAUGGCAUUGUCCAGUGCCGUGAUGGGUCUGAUGAGGACGCGGCGUUUGCUGGAUGCUCCCAAGAUCCUGAAUUCCACAAGGUCUGUGAUGAGUUCAGUUUCCAGUGUCAGAACGGCGUGUGCAUCAGUUUGAUUUGGAAAUGUGAUGGGAUGGAUGACUGUGGUGAUUACUCUGACGAGGCCAACUGUGAAAACCCUACAGAGGCCCCCAACUGUUCCCGCUACUUCAGGUUCCAGUGUGAGAAUGGCCACUGCAUCCCCAUCAGGUGGAAAUGUGACCAGGAGAAUGACUGUGGGGACUGGUCUGAUGAGAAGGAUUGUGGAGAUUCACACGCUCUUCCCUCCCCGACGUCUGGGCCCUCCACGUGCCUUCCCAACUACUACCGCUGCAGCAGUGGGGCCUGUGUGAUGGACAGCUGGGUGUGCGACGGGUACCGCGACUGUACAGACGGCUCGGAUGAGGAGGCCUGCCCCUCCCCUGCAAAUGUCACUGCCACCUCCACUACCACUCAGCUCGGGCAGUGUGACCGGUUUGAGUUUGAAUGUCGACAGCCUAAGAAGUGUAUCCCCAACUGGAAGCGCUGCGAUGGCCAUCGCGAUUGCCAGGAUGGCCAGGACGAGGCCAACUGCCCCACCCGCAGCACGCUGACCUGCAUGAGCAGGGAGUUCAGGUGUGAGGACGGCGAGACCUGCAUCGUGCUGUCUGAGCGCUGCGACGGCUUCCUGGAUUGCUCGGAUGGAAGCGACGAGAGGGCCUGCAGUGAUGAAUUAACUGUGUACAAAGUGCAGAAUCUUCAGUGGACAGCUGAUUUCUCCGGGGAUAUAACGCUGACCUGGACGCGGCCAAAGAAAAUGCCUUCUGCUUUGUGUGUCUAUAACAUCUACUACAGGGUGGUUGGAGAGAGCAUAUGGAAGGCUCUGGAGACCCACAGUAAUAAAACAAGCACUGUCUUAAAAGUCCUGAAACCAGACACCACCUACCAAGUCAAAGUGCAGGUCCAGUGUCUGAGCAAGGUGCACAACACCAACGACUUUGUGAACCUGCGGACUCCGGAAGGACUGCCAGACGCCCCUCGAAAUCUGCAGUUGUCACUCUACAGCGAAGCUGAAGGUGUGAUUGUGUGUCACUGGACUUCUCCCGCCCACACCCAUGGCCUCAUCCGAGAGUACAUAGUAGAAUACAGCAGGAGUGGCUCCAAGAUCUGGUCCUCCCAGAGGGCUGCUACCAACUUCACAGAAAUAAAGGACUUGCUGAUCAACACCCUCUAUACUGUCAGAGUGGCUGCAGUGACCAGUCGUGGAAUAGGAAACUGGAGCGAUUCUAAAUCCAUCACCACCGUAAAAGGAAAAGUGAUUCCACCACCUGAUAUCCACAUUGAUGGCUACAGUGAGAAUUCUCUAAGCUUUACCCUGACCAUGGAUAGUGACAUCAAGGUGAAUGGCUACGUGGUGAACCUUUUCUGGGCAUUCGACACACACAAACAAGAGAAGAAAACGUUCAACUUCCGAGGAAGUGUCUUGACACACACAGUUGGCAACCUGACAGCUCAUACAUCUUAUGAGAUUUCUGCCUGGGCCAAGACUGACUUGGGGGAUAGUCCUCUGGCAUUUGAGCAUGUCAUGACCAAAGGGACUUUCCCACCCGCUCCUAGCCUCAAAGCCAAGGCCAUCAAUCAGACUGCUGUGGAAUGCACUUGGACGGGCCCCAGGAAUGUGGUUUAUGGCAUUUUCUAUGCUACAUCCUUCCUUGACCUCUAUUGCAACCCAAAGAGUUUGAUGACUCCACUGCACAACAAGACAGUCAUUGUCAGCAGGGAUGAGCAAUAUUUGUUUCUGGUCCGCGUGGUGGUGCCCUACAUAGGGCCAUCGUCCGACCAUGUUGUUGUGAAGAUGAUCCCGGACAGCAGGCUGCCGCCCCGUCACCUGCAUGCAGUGCACACAGGCAAAACCUCAGCCGUCAUCAAGUGGGAGUCCCCAUACGACUCUCCUGACCAAGACCUGUUAUAUGCAAUUGCAGUUAAAGAUCUAAUAAGAAAGACCGACCGGAGCUACAAAGUUAAGUCCCGCAACAGUACCGUGGAAUACACCCUUAACAAGUUAGAGCCUGGAGGGAAGUACCACGUGGUUGUCCAGCUGGGGAACAUGAGCAAAGAUUCCAGUAUAAAAAUCACCACAGUUUCGUUAUCAGCACCUGAUGCCUUAAAAAUUAUAACAGAAAACGAUCACAUUCUUCUGUUUUGGAAAAGUCUAGCUUUAAAGGAAAAGCAUUUUAAUGAAAGCAGGGGCUAUGAGAUACACAUGUUUGAUAGUGCCAUGAAUAUCUCAGUUUACCUUGGGAAUACCACUGACAAUUUCUUUAAAAUUACCAAUCUGAAGAUGGGUCAUAAUUAUACUUUCACUGUCCAAGCAAAAUGCCUGUUUGGGAGCCAGAUCUGCGGAGAGCCUGCCAUCCUGCUGUAUGACGACUUGGGAACUGGUGCCAACGUGUCAGCCUUUCAGGCUGCCAGAUCGACCGAUGUGGCUGCCGUGGUGGUGCCCAUCCUGUUCCUCAUCCUGCUGAGCCUGGGCAUCGGCUUUGCCGUCCUGUACAUGAAGCACCGGAGGCUGCAAAGCAGCUUCACUGCAUUCGCCAACAGCCACUACAGUUCUCGGCUGGGCUCCGCUAUCUUCUCCUCAGGGGAUGACCUGGGAGAGGAUGAUGAAGAUGCUCCCAUGAUCACUGGAUUUUCAGAUGAUGUCCCCAUGGUGAUAGCCUGA